AUGGCGACAAGCCCGAGCGACCCCGGCUCAUCAGCCGUGCAGGCUCUGCGAGAGUCCUUUGGCGACCGCAAGCCUAUCGACAUUAGCCGGAAAAUCACAGCGUGCGUUUCUUGCCGGAAGCAGAAGAUCAAAUGCCACAUGGGAGAUGGCACUCCACCGUGCGCGAGAUGUAAGAAACGAGGACUCUCAUGUGUCGUCAAUCGCAGUUUGCAAAUGCUCCUUGAAAGCGAUGUAGCAUGGAAAGCCAAUAUCGAAGAAAAAUUGCGCAUGUUAGAAGACUCUGUCAGGCAGCUCAAUCAACGAUCUUCGGACAGUCAGAAUGCCCCAUCUUAUGUGCCCCAAGACAGUGCUUCUUCGACCAUCCCAACCAAUCAAGAUGCUACCAUGGCUACUGAGCAGCGUCAACCGACGGAGCCAGGCUGGGAAGUCGUCAUGGACCUGAACAGAGGGCCGGGUGUGGUGCCGGCAUCUUGCGUGUCGGAGGUAGCAGAAGCCUCGCCAGAGGUAGCCCGUCAGAACAUGGCUGACACUCUCGACGUCAUUGACCAAGGUAUCAUCACGCUCGCAGAUGCGGAAUCCUUCUUCCAAUUGUACGCUCGGCGCCUUGAUCAUUUCCUGUACAGGAUUCUGGCAGAGCACGACUCGCUGGCAAGCGUCCGGAGAAGCUCGCCACUGUUGACCGCCGCUAUCUGUGCCGUGGGAGCCCUGCAUACGCCCUCCAACUUGUAUCACGCUUGCUACCAGCACUUUGUCAAUUUGGCGUCUUCCAAGAUGUUUUCCAAGAAGAACAAUCAUGAUGACGUCCGCGCAUUUUGCAUUGGUGCCUUCUGGAUAAGUGAUAUGUCGUGGACGCUCGUCGGAGCAGGCAAGUCUGCACUUACUGCUGCUCGGCUUGCGGGCGAGUUGAACCUCCACCGCUGUAUACCCAAAGCUCCUCACACAAAGCGUGCUUGUUAUCUACGGACCAGAUUGUACUAUCUUGUCUUCGUUUGCGACCACCAUUUCUCAAUCUGCUACGGGAGACCACCUUUGACCAGGGAUUUCACAUCGAUCACUCCUCCAAGUCAGUUUCUGCAGUCUGAAUUUGCGACUGAGGACGAUUCUCGGCUUGUUAGCCAGGUGGAGAUCUGGACCAUUAGCACCCGUGUCUUUGAUCAAUUCAGUCUGGAUCCGGAAGCCCAUCUGUCCGAUCAACUUAUCCCACAACUCCGCCGGUUAAGCAUUGCGUUGGAUACCUGGCGGGCCGAUUGGAACGAGCGAUUCCACUUCAAUGAAUGCGUCGGUAACUACCCGCGGAAGGGAGUAGGGCUGCAUUACCAUUUUGCGAAGUUGUUUCUCUGCUCCCACGCCUUUAGGAGAGCCCCUGUUGCCGAAGGCGAGCAUCUCCAACUGGAUCCGGACCUAGAGGAGUUCGCUACGAGCGCAGUACAGUCGGCGAUUUCGAUCCUGCAAGUCAUUGCUGCAGAUCAAGAGAUCCAGUCAUAUUUAGAUGGCCUCCCUGCCUACUUCGAUACAAUGAUCGCGUUCGCCUUUGUUUUCCUCCUCAAAAUUACCAUCAGGAACCCUGCCAACCUGCGGGUCGACAAGGCCGGGAUAUCUGAGACUUUGGACGUGCUAGCUACCGUCUUGAAUAAUAUAACAAGUUCAAUGCACCCACGCCACCUGCUGACCAGCAUUGCAAGCAGUGCUCGAAAGCUGUUGGAUCGGUUCUCGGGCCAGGAAGCCUUUCCGGCACAGCCUCAGGCUGCGCCAGGCCCAUUGACUGCCUUUGACCCAGACAAUCAGUGGCUCAGCCCUGCAGACGCCAUGUUUCUCGAGAAUUACGACUUUCUGUAUUCACCAAGCGGUGAUCUCAAUUUUGACGGUGACCUCGGUUUUUCCCGCCAUCAAUAG